CUUAUUUGAUGUAAGAAAGAUUUUAGGUUUGCUUGCGGUGGAGUCAUAAGACUGGGAAGAUGUCGACAGUUCUUGGUGGGAGGGUGCGAGCGGGUAGCAAGGUGCUAGCUCCUCAGUACGACCAGGAAGGCAAUGAAAUCAAGGUGGAAACCCGCGAAGAUGAGGAACAACAGGUGAAGUUGGACCAGACCAUUGAGCUGCUGCUGGCAGCUGGGUACUUCAGGGCCAGAAUCAAGGGCUUGUCUCCUUUUGACAAGGUUGUUGGGGGCAUGACCUGGUGCAUCACGACCUGUAACUUUGACCUUGAUGUGGACCUACUGUUCCAGGAGAACUCAACGAUCGGUCAGAAGAUUGCUCUAACAGAGAAGAUUGUGGCAGUGCUGCCCAAGAUGAAGUGUCCACACAGAAUUGAACCACAUCAGAUCCAGGGUCUGGACUUCAUCCACAUCUAUCCUGUUGUUCAGUGGCUGGUGAAGAGGGCCAUUGAGACAAGAGAGGAGAUGGGAGACCAGAUCAGGGCGUUCUCUGUCUCACAGUUCAACAAGAACCACCGAACGCCAGAGGACCAGGAGUUCGACUCUCGUAAGGAACAGUCCGUCUCCACUCUGGCGGCUGUCAAGACCGGUUACCAGCCCCGCAGACAGUACAAACGCCAGGACAUUUCUGACUUGUUAGACGAGGAAUCACGGGUGCAUUCUACUCUGCUGGAGUAUGGCAGUUCUGUCUCCAAAAGAGUCAUGGCUUCUUCCUCCAGCAUUUCUGCUAUUCUAGGGGAAACACUGACGUUUGACCCCUGGAGGUAUGGUUACAGACCAGAGAAGGCAGACAAAGUCCCCCUCUUUCCUAUUCCCAAAGACUUAAAGGCAGAGGGGAAGGACUCGGCUAAGUCUGCGGUGGCAGCAGCUCUUGGAGGGAAGACAGAGGAGAUGGAUGAAGAGGAAGCCCAGGCUCUGGAGGAGCAACGUAUCAAGGCCCUGAUGAGCGGCAUGCAGGCGACGGGCGCUGCUGACGGGAAACUGACGGCCAGCGCCGUGGGCUCCAUCGUUGGGAUGCAGUCGGCCGAGAUCCAGCAGAUCGCUUCGGAGUAUGCUGGGAAGCAAGCAGAGCUGGCCGCAGAAGACCGUCCUGAGCGACUUAGCGGUGCACAGCAGCACAAAAGGACCGUGGCCUCGCUAAACAAGCAGAUAGCAACACAGGAGAAAAAACUGGAGGAGGUUCGAGCUAAACAUGAGGAACUCCACAGUGCCUACACUUCCACACAGGAGAAACUGCAAGAGGUUGAAGAAUUCAGUGCCAAACUAGAUGAAGAAAUGGAAAAGCUGUCAGAACAGGAGAAAGAUGAAGCCAACUCAAGUGUGCUGCAGCAGCUGAGGGGCCUUGUGGCGAUGAAUGAGAACCUGAAGAAACAGGAGCAGGAGUUCCGAGCCCACUGUAAGGAGGAGAUGGCACGGCUGCAGGGCGCCAUCGACCAGCUCAAACUGGAUGGAGCUGAGGGGGAGGGCGAGGACCAGGAGAGAAGCCGACUGAUAGAGAAGCAGCACCAGGCAGACAAGGAAAAACUGCACAAGAUCCGUCUGUUGUUGGCGAGGAAGAACCGUGAGAUUGCCCAGCUGCAGCGUAAGAUCGACGAGGUGCCAUCUCGUGCAGAACUCUCACAGUACCAGCGCCGGUUUGUGGAGUUGUACAACCAAGUUGCUGCCACCCACAAGGAGACCAAGCAGUUCAUCACCCUAUACAACACCCUGGAUGAUACCAAGUUGUACCUAAACAAGGAGGUGAAUCUAUUGAACUCCAUCCAUGACAACUUUGAACAGGCAAUGUCAUCUGCUGCCAAUAAGGAGCAGUUCCUGAAGCAGCUGGAGCAGAUUGUUGAUGGCAUCAAACAGAACAAGAACAAGGUGGAGAAGAAGAAGCAGGAGGAGAAGAUGCGGCGAGACCAGCUGAACGACACAUUCCUUGACCUUGUAGACAAACAAAGGGUCUACUUCAAGACUGUCAAGGACUUUCAGGAGGAAUGCCGCAAGAACGAGAUACUCCUAGCCAAGUUGAAAGCCGCAUCAUGAUUGAUUGACAAGAACUAAAAGCAGUCACAUGACUGGUUUGAAUGCACCAGGCUUGCCAGAUGAUUGGCUUAAAAACAUCAACAAUACAGUCACAUGAUUGGUGGAAAGGCCACCAUAUUGAUUGGACAUGAACUAGAGUUCUGCUGCCUUAUACCUUCGCCAGAGGUUGAUCGAAAGUUAUAAAGGUUUCAUGCUGAUUAUGCAAAUAAGGUCUUCAUUUGCAUAAGCUCAGUCAGUUGAUAAUCUUCUCCACCCAAAUCACAAAUGUCUGUAUGAAUAUUAAUGUCUUAGCAAAGAAGUAUAUUAGCAUUUUCUCAGUAAUUAUGAAGCAUGUAUGAAAUUUCCAUCAUUUACCGCAAUACCAACUUUAUUCCAUUUUAGUCUAGAUCCCCUGUUUGUGUUGUUAUACAAAUGAUCAAAAAUGAUCUAUGGAGUCUAUGGAGCCAACAUAAUAGGAUUACAACUUGUGCAUCUAUUUCAUCUAUCCAUAAUCUGUUAUCAAUUUAAAAACUUUUUCACAUGUCAAAAAUUGUGACGGCAUAAAUUGCGAAUGAUGUAUUUGCAUGCCUGUAUGUAUACAAAAUGUUUAUGUACAUUUACUGUCCAUCAAGGACCAUUCAAUGCAUCAUGGCAGAUCUAAACACUGU